CCUGCGAUUCUGUAAGGUUCAGUUCUAGGCAAAUGCUAGCAGGACGAAUAUUUGGAAGAAGUUUCAAGUGCCGCGGACAGCGGCCAUUUAAAUAGUGUAUAAGCAAUGCCUAGUGUUAAUUAUUGUGCAAUAUUACUGCUGCUGGUCGGUGCCAUUGCCCUGGGCCAUGCCUCCAAUGGCGACCGUACUCAGUUCUUUCACAACUGCCGCCAGAACUGCGAGCGGCAGAACUGCUCUGCGGACGGCCUGGAAAUACAGGAGCAGGCUGUGAAUUUCUAUAAGCAGUCGAUAUUCGAUCAGAUCUUUCAGUGGAGCUGUGCAGACGAGUGUCAGUAUGGCUGCAUGUGGAGGACGGUGGCUGCGUUUGCGGAACGAGGCUGGUCCAUACCACAGUUCUAUGGCAAGUGGCCAUUUCUGAGAAUGUUGGGAAUGCAGGAGCCAGCCUCAGUCAUAUUCUCAAUACUAAAUUUCAUUAUGCAUCUCCGAAUGCUGAGCAAAUUUCGCCGAGAAGUGCGUCCAGAUAGCCCAUGCUACAUGCUCGCUCACAUAUUCGGAGUGACGUGUCUCAAUGGUUGGAUCUGGUCUUCAAUAUUCCACACGAGAGACUUUCCCCUGACUGAACUGCUGGACUAUGCCUUCGCCUAUUCCAUAGUGCUCUGUACAUUCUACUGCAUGCUGAUGCGUAUGCUUCAUCGAUACUCGCUGUUCCUACGCGGUGUGAUCACGCUGGCCAUUGUCUCCUACUACAUUAACUACUUUGCCUAUCUGAGUGUCGGCAAAUUCAACUAUUCCUUCAAUAUGAAAGUUAAUAUUGCCACCGGAGUGCUGUCCGCCGUCGGUUGGUUCAUCUGGUGUCAUCGAGUGCGCACCCGGCGGCCCUACUUCAAGAGGAUUCUUCGCUUUUACGUGCUGUUUGCUCUGGCCAUGAGCCUCGAGCUGUUGGACUUUCCGCCCAUAUGCUGGAUUCUCGAUGCCCAUGCGCUGUGGCAUUUUGCAACUGUCCCUCUGGUGUCGCUUUACUACGAUUUCAUGAUCGAGGACUGCAGAACACUGCGAAAGGAGAAGGUCUUGUCGGGCGGCUAUUCGUCGUACUUCAACAAGGACAUUUAGAAAAUAGCAAAUUCGCUUCAAGACGCUUUGUUUACAGACACUGUAUAGCAACAUUUAUUUAUUUAUACAAAAUCCAAAUACCAAAAAACAUCCAUUCUA